AUGGAGGAUAAACAAUUGAUAUAUCUGAAACAGAAUUUCCUUAUGGAUCUUGACAGUGAUGAAGAUUACACAAUUGACAUCGACGUGCUGGAGGAAUCGCCAAAGGAUAAACAGAAUUUCCUUAGAGAAAACCCCUUGUAUCUCAAGGGAGCGUGUCGGAAACUUACUUCAAUUGCAAACGAGGCCAACUUAACAUUAGAGCUAGGAUUUGCGGCAACAAGAGCUCUUAUACUGGGUCUGAUAGCUUAUAGGUUGGUUUGCAAAUUCAUGUUGCUGUUUGGAAGUGCAAGUGUGUGGACCAAGUGUAGAGAUGUAGUUUCUUGGAAUUCUAUGCUUGCUGGAUAUGCACUGAACGAACGGAUUGAUGAUGCUCUAAAGAUUUGUAGAGAAAUGGAAGAAAAAUCUCUACCGUUCUUUUGUAUUCUUCAUCUAUUAGUGAAUAAAACGCGUUUCUUUGCCCGUAGAGUUGUCAUUGACGAACCACGUGAUAGAGUGGAGACUACAUUAAAAUGUUUGCUCAUUGUUUUUGAAGCUCUAUCAAGAUCCUGUAAACAUCCCAAAAUGCAUUCUUCUUCUUCAUCAUCAUUUGCGUUAAUUGACAACAAUCUCGUUAGAGGCGAAGAGAUUUCACCGUCGCUUGUCAAAGCCAUUGAACAUUCCAAGAUUUCAAUAGUUGUUCUUUCAGAAAACUAUGCAUCUUUUGAUUGGUGUUUGGAUGAGCUUGUAAAGAUUCUUGAUUGCUUGAGAUUUAACAGGCAAAUGCUUAAAGUGCAGAGCUGGAGAUCUGCCUUGACGGAGGUUGCUAAUCUUGCCGGCUGGGAUUCAUCGGUCACCUGCCAACAGCUAGAAAAGAAUCAGAGGGUUUUUGACACUUUUGUGUCUAGGAGGCACAAAAAUUCCAUUUUUGUGCCUCCUACCACCGGCCCGCUAUCUCAGAUAGCGGGCUGCACUAAUUUUGUACCAGCCCGCCAUAUGAGAUGGCGGGCUGCUGAUUUGGCAGCUAAGGCACUAGGUGGACUCUUGCGAGGUAAACCUCAUUCUAAUGUUUGGAUUGAAGUGUUGAGAAGUAAGAUCUGGGAUUUACCAGACAGUGGUAUUCUUCCAGCCCUAAGGUUAAGUUAUCAUCAUCUUCCUUCCCACUUGAAACGAUGCUUUGCGCAUUGUGCUGUACUUCCUAAGGGUUCCAAUUUUGAAUGGCUUGACUUGGUUCUUUUAUGGAUGGCUGAAGGCCUCUUGCAGCAGUCAAACACAAAGAAGAAAAUGGAAGACAUAGGGCUGGAAUAUUUCAAUGAGUUACUUUCGAGAUCUUUUUUUGAAGAGUCCACUGAUGGAUCGUUUGUAAUGCAUGAUCUAAUUAGUGAUUUGGCUCAUAUUGUAGCUGGUGAAACUUGUCUUGAAUCAGUUGAUGAUUUGGGAUGCAGUCAAUGGCGUGCAGAUUAUGAUAAGUUUCGGCAUUUAACACACAUGUACUGGACAGAGGAGACCUCAAAAAACUUAGAAGUUCUGUGCAAAUUAAAGCAUUUGAGAACAAUGGUAGUCAGGUAUGAUUGGAAUUGUGGAUUUACUGAUGUGGUGUUAAACACUUUGAUACCGGAACUAAAGUGCUUGAGAGUCCUAAGUCUAGAUGGUGCUUACAUUACCCAAUUGCCAAAUUCAGUUUGUCAGCUGAAGCACUUGCGAUAUUUGUGCUUGUCUCUUACGUGCAUCAAGCAGCUACCUGGAUCAGUAGGUGAACUUCUCCAUUUACAAACGCUAAUUUUGAAUGAAUGCAAGGACCUGAUAGCAUUGCCUCAAGGGAUCAAGAACUUAAUUAAUCUUCGUUAUCUCAGCCUUGCUUUGACACCCAGCUUGCAAGAUAUGCCAGCAGGGUUGGGUAAUUUAGGUAAUCUGCAUCAACUGUCCAAGUUUAUUGUUUCAAAAUGUGACGGUCUCAGGUUACACGAGUUGAAAAACUUGUCAGAACUUCAGGGGCGACUUAUAAUACAAGGGCUUCAUUACGUUAUGGACAUCGAAGAUGCAAAAGCAGCCAAUCUGAAGGAUAAACAUGGCCUUAAUACAUUAAAGAUGGAAUGGAGUUAUAACUUCAAUGAUUCACGAAAUGAGAGGAAUGAAACUUUUGUUCUUGACGCGCUGCAGCCUCCAAAGAAUCUGGAAAUGCUCACAAUUGCAUUCUUCGGCGGUUCAAGAUUCCCUAUAUGGCUUGGGGAUCACUCGUAUCUGAAGCUAGUGCAGCUGGAUCUUGGCUGUUGUAGAAAUAGCACGUCAUUGCCAUCACUUGGUCGGCUACCACUUCUGCGAAUAUUGUCCAUAGAAGGUGCAGAAAGAGUAAGAACUGUAGGUGCGGAAUUUUAUGGGCAUGAUUUGCCCUCUUUGAAGCCUUUUCAAUCUCUUGAAAUUCUCCGAUUUAAGGACAUGCUGAACUGGGAGCACUGGGCUUGUAGUGAAAUAAACUUUCCUUGCCUUGUUCAGUUUGAGCUGGAGAAUUGUCCCAAAUUGAUCGGAGAAUUGCCUCAACGGCUCCCAUCCCUCCAACAUCUUCAUAUUGUUGCAUGUCCAAUGUUGAAAGAUUCACUUCGAAGUCUAUCAUCUCUUCAUACUUUAUAUACAGAAUAUUGCAAUCAGGCUAUUCUUGGAAGAGUGAUUAGCUUCUGCUCUCUCACCUCGUUGCAGCUGUCUAGAAUAGCAGGCCUUGCUUGCCUAAAUAAAAGUCUUAUGCAGGCAGUGACAGUACUUGAGGUUCUAAAGGUAGAAGAUUGUAGUGAACUUUCAGUUCUGUGGGAAGAUGGAGCUGAUGUCCAAAUGUUGGCUUCUUUGAAACGUCUAGUAGUAUGUAAAUGCCCAAACCUUGUAUCUUUUGCCACAGGUCAUCAGGGCAUGCCUUGCAAUCUCGAGUUUUUGGCUCUAGAAGAGUGCAAUAACCUGAAAACUUUGCCAACUGAUCUACACAGCAUUACAGCUCUUGGAGAUUUGAGAAUAAAAUGCUGCCCAAAGCUUAAAUUUCCAGCAACUGGCUUGCCGAACACUCUGACAUACCUUCGUUUUGGAGAUUUGCAUGAAGAGGAUGAAGAUCAAUUUCUAAUGGGCAGAGAAGAACUAUAUAAAACAAGUGAUAUAGCUUAUGAUACUUUUGCAGUAGGUACAUACCAACCAUCUAUGAAUGAGGGGAAGAUGCGUAUAUGUAUUUCAGAUUUCCGGCAAGUGGAGUCACUCCUACCGAGCAUUGCUUGCAACAAUAUCAAACACAUUUUUGUUCGCGCCUGCCUAACUAUGAAAUGCUUAGGAGAGUUCAAGCACAAUCUCAUUCAUCUUAGAGGACUCACUAUAGCUGGUUGUGUUACAAAACAAAGGCCUACCGCAUUGUCAGAGUGGGGACUAUCUAGUCUCACUUUUCUUCAGCGCCUUGACAUUACUGGCGUACCAAUGGUUUCGUUUCCUGAUGAUGAUGGCCACCUGCUUCCCACAUCCUUGAAGCAUGUUUCUAUCAGUUGCAUCAACAAUUUGAAAUCCAUAUCAAAAGGGAUUCUAAAUCUCACCUCCAUUGAGCAUUUACAAAUCUCUCACUGCUAUAAACUUUCAUCCCUACCAAAGGAGGGCUUACCAGUUUCACUUCAAAGACUGGAUAUCUCAUACUGCAGCUACUUGGAUCAACAGUGUGAAAGCGAAAAAGGAGUCUACUGGUCCAUCAUUUCAAACAUUCCAGAACGGCAUAUAGUUAAUUCUCACAAUGAUCCUAAUGCACGUGGGAUUCAAUAAACAAGCAUCUUUUGUUGUUACAGUUGUUAGAUAUAAUAAACAGACUCCUAUAGUUGUUAGAUAUAAUAACUCUUUAAGCUGACCGUGCCAUUUUAUUUCCAAA